UCGAUACCUUUAUUAUAACAAUUAAAACCAUAUAAAUAAGCAACAACUUUGUGCUUAGGUAGGUUGUAACUUCAGCUUUGGGUGUUUCCAGAAAAAAAAAAAUUACAUCUACUAGGUUCUCCAUCACAAAACCCUCUUUCUUCAAAGAUAUCAUAUACCCUGUGUCUCUGAGCAUCCUUUCAUCUUCCCUACCAUAAAAAACCUUCUUUUAGAAGAAAUAUCACAUCUGUGAUGUCUUCUUCGUUUCACCCAGCCACAAGUACAUGCACAAUCGACUUCAUCACUCUCACUGAGUACAAAUCCAAGAUCAUCAUCGACAACCCAUCUCCGGCUGGCCUCCCUAAUCCUUUUUAUCGCCGUGGUCGUCGUCCACUGCUUCCGCCCAGGUUUGGUGGGAUUGAAAAAGUCCCAACAUGCUUGAAUCGUGAACUAACUGAAAGGAAGCAUGAAAUUAUACCUCUUGACAGGGUUAUUUGUUUGUCUCUGUGUUUCGGCUUUGAUAGGCAUGGGAGAAUUAACAUGCCUGAUGCAUUCUUUAUCCGACAAUCAUAUUGGUUGAGUACGGUUUGGGGUGUUGUUUGGAUCGUAUUUUGUAGGGAAACAAUGUACAUGCUCUUGGGGAUUCAGCCGACCCAUGGGGGUGCUUUUUUUAGGGAAUCGGAAUUAGUGAAAGAAGGAAUUGGAAUUAGUUCCACUAGAAAAUUAUGAGUUCUUUGGUUUAUAUAUUGUUCAAGGAAUUUGGUGAAAGCAUUAAGGAGUUUAUUAAUGAAGAAAUUGGUGAUGACAUGUAAGAUGCCAUGCUAUACUUUUUUCCCUGCUUUGUGGACAAAGUAAAAGGUCUAGACUGGAGGAUCAUGUACAUGGUGAAAAUCUAAUCCUAACUAGCAAGAGUUUGCAGAAGUUAAGAUCCUUGUAUAGUUUCGUCGAUUGCCUGUGUUGUUCAUAGUUUCAUAACGACAUUAAUACUACACUUGUCUAAGACGCGUUUAUAGAUCUCAAACAAAUCACUCAUUUCUGUUUCUUCA